AAUUGAUUUACACUUUACACCUACAAAAGUGUGUCACUGUGUGUAUUUUAUGCGCACCCAUGGCAGCAGUCACCAGUUGUCUUCCUGUUUCAGCAACUAUUCUUCUUCUUCUUCUUCUUUUCCUUUCCCCUAACUCCAUUGCUGUCCCGAUCUCAAGAACAAGAAACCUCAUGGAUGAACGAUCACUUGGACAUCACAAAGUUUCAGGCUAUAUCCCAUUGGAGAAGGUAAAGGAAAGUUUGGAGAUCAGUGAGAGCAAUGAUAUAAGCGAAAGAAUGAAUCUUGAAGUGAACGAUUAUCCAGGAUCUGGUGCAAACAACCGCCACACGCCAAGGCCAUAGCAAGGGACAAGAUCAUAUUUCAAACGACAUAUGAAACUAGAAGCAACAUAAAUAGAGUACUAGCUACUAGAGUGUUAUUUAGUUAAUGAUACGUACGACAAAAUCAGGCUAAGUAAAUUACUACCUAACUACCUACAAUCAUACAAUUCAUGCU